GUUUCUAGUUGUGGUGUAGGGAUGCUGUGCGGAUCAUUCCAUCACAUGCAGCAGUCCCGAGCAUAUGGAGAACCGCUGAUUUGUCGACUUCCAAGGACCAGGGUGCUGAAAUGGAACAAAUAUGUUUGAUCCUUUUGCUUAUAAGUAAGGCAUUAUCAGUUGGAGCACAAUUCAAUGGAUACAACUGUGAUGCCAACUUCCACAGCCGCUUCCCUGCGGAGCGGGACAUAAGUGUGUACUGUGGGGUGCAGACAAUCACCCUCAAGAUCAACUUUUGUCCGGUUCUCUUCUCCGGCUACACCGACAUUGACCUGGCCCUCAACGGUCGCCAUGGAGAUGCCCACUGCCGUGGUUUCAUCAAUAACAACACCUUCCCCACCGUGGUCCUCUUCAGCAUUAGCCUUGCCACCCUGGAGACAUGUGGCAAUGCCCUGGUGGUUUCCACGGCUCAGGGGCCUAAUGCUUAUGGGAACCUCUCACUGGUGCAGAUUGGGAACAUAUCCGGGUACAUCGAUACACCAGAUCCCCCGACUAUCAUUAGCUACCUGCCAGGUCUGCUCUACAAAUUCAGCUGUAGCUACCCUCUGGAAUACCUGGUGAACAAUACACAGCUGGCUUCGUCAGCUGCUGCAAUAUCAGUGAAGGACAGCAAUGGUACUUUUGUCAGUACUUUGAGUCUACUGCUUUACAAUGACUCGUCAUACGUUCAGCAGCUGUCAAUCCCUAUGGCGGGGCUCACACUGAAGACACGUGUGUUUGCAGCAGUCAAAGCUACCAACUUGGACAGGAGAUGGAAUGUUCUGAUGGACUACUGUUACACCACUGCCUCUGGGAAUCCAAAUGAUGAACUUCGCUAUGACCUCUUCUUUAGCUGUGACAAAGACCCACAGACAACUGUGUUUGAGAAUGGGAAGAGUCAAAUGGGCCGUUUUGCCUUUGAAGUGUUUCGCUUUGUCAAGCACAAGAACCAGAAAAUGUCUACCGUCUUCCUGCACUGCGUUACCAAGCUGUGUCGAGCCGAUGACUGCCCCAUGCUCAUGCCGAUCUGUGGUAGUAGAAAGAAGCGGGACGUCUCAGAGAGGACGGAAUCAAACUCUGCAUCAGGAAACGCUAUCAUUACUGCUGGGCCAAUAAUCACAAGGAGCGAUGACACUCCAAUGAACAACUCACAACUAGCUCAACUAAACAGCCCAGUGUUUCGGAUGAACACGGUUACCAGCGCACUUAUCUCAGGCAUCAUCAUCCUUGGUGUAAUGAGCCUGUGUUUCUUCAUCUUAUCCCUUACCCUCCUCAAGGGCAAGAGGGGCCCACCGACCAUCUUGUCGGGGGCUCGCAACCCAGCUUUCAACUAACUCCAGCAAUCACCCCUGCUCCCAAGAUCUUGCCUUCCCCCUUCCCUUGAGGCCACUACAUAGAAGGAGAGAGUGGGACUCACAUGUACACAUUUACAGUAGAGUGAAAAGCCCAAAUUGUUCAUUUAUAUGAAUGUAAACUGUACUGUAUAAUUCAUGUUAGCAUAGGUAUAGUUGACAUCUCGAGAAUGUAUAUUUCUUUGUAAGUAUUGUACUUCUAUUGUUUCAACCCAGUGACAGUCCGGUUAUUGUUAGGUGUUUCAUUUGCAAAGUGGAUUUCAGUUCAAUUUAAUACCUCAGCUACUCGGUAUCCUAUUGCAGGGUAAAGGAUAAUUUACAAGAAAUACAUAUAGUGUAGAAUAAACUGCUCUAACACCAAAUUCUUGUUAAGUUGGUAUGUUUACAGGGAGAAAUGUAAACAGUGUCCCUGAAAUGGAUAUAAAAUGAGUGACCUCUAAACAACAUCCUAUGCAAUAAUUAAAAAACUCAGAAAAGAGCCUGGGGUUGGAUUUCGUUAAUUUCCUGAAAAGACUUAGACCACUGUGUAAGGGUUGUAAUGAAUGAAAAGCUAACAAAUAAUGUACCAGUUACAUUUUAUAUCCAUUAUGUUAUUAAUAUUGCUGAUAAGUACCAUAGUUAGUAUAAUGAUUAUAAUACAUUACUUGAUAGGUCAUUACUCAUGAAUGCUAGGUAAAUGCUCUACCUAAAUUAAUGCAAUCUUCAAAUUGUUUAACUAGUUUAAAUUACAUUUUGGACUGUCAUUAGGCUUUUUAGUCAAAUGUGUAUGAAGAGUUUCAUUCCAAAACGCUAUAAUAUACAUUUUCAGAAAUGUUGGUUAUAUUAGCUUUUCUUGUAUAAAUCUAUUAUGAAAGGGAUUGGUCUGCUUGUUUGAAAUCUACCAAAAAAUGGUUUCAUUUCAAAGAGAAAAAUAAUCAUGUUUUGUUGCAAAAUGCUAUAUAUCCGCCUCCCUUUCAGAUAAAAAAAGUAGUACAGCUAGGUUUUAUGAAGUCAAAUGUGACAUAACUAAAUUUUUUAUAAAUAACUGUACAAAUUCUACCUUUGUGACUACAAUAUAUAAUGACAAAAAUGUAUAUAUAUAUAUAUAUACACAAAAAAUUAUUCAAUGCAGUAAUAUGAGAUCUGUAUGUAAAAUUGUCAUUUAGCAGACGCUGAUAUCCAGAGUGACUUACAGUUAGUGCAUUUAUCUCGUAGCUAGGUGGGACAACCACAUGUCAGUCAAAUAUACAGUGAAUUCGGAAAGUAUUCAGACCCCUUCCCCUUUUCCACAUUUUGUUACAUUACAGCCUUAUAACAUUAAAAAAAUAUAAAUACUCAACAAUCAACAAACAAUACUCUAUAAUGACAAAGUGAAAACAGGUUUUGAGAAAGUUUUGCAAAUGUAUUAAAUAAAAACAGCUAUACCUUAUUUAAAUAAGUAUUCAGACACUUUACUUUGAGACUCAAUAUUGAGCUCAGGUGCAUCCUGUUUCCGUUGAUCAUCCUUGAGAUGUUUAUACAACUUGAUUGGAGUCCACCUGUGGUAAAUGCAAUUGAUUGGACAUGAUUUGGAAAGGCACACAACUGUCCAUAUUGCAAAACCAAGCUAUGGUUUUCAAAGCAAAACCAAGCUAUGAGGUCAAAGGAAUUAUAUAUACAGCUCCCCGACAUGCUACACCUGGUACCAUCUCUACGAUGAAGCAUGAUGGUGGCAGCAUCAUGCUGUGGGGAUGUUUUUCAGUGACAGGGACUGGGACACUAGUUAAGAUUGAGGGAAAGAUGAACGGAGCAAAGUACAGAAAGAUCCUUGAUGAAAACCUGCUCCAGAGCUCUUAGGACCUCAGACUGGGGUGAAGGUUAACCUUCCAACAGGACAACAACCCUAAGCACACAGCCAAGACAACUCAGGAGUGGCUUCGGGACAAGUCUCUGAAUAUCCGUGAGUGGUCAAGCCAGAGCCCGGACUUGAACCUGAUCGAACAUCUCUGGAGAGACCUGAAAAUAGCUGUGCAGCGACGCUCCCCUUCCAACCUGACAGAGCUUGAGAGGAUCUGCAGAGAAGAAUGGAAGAAACUCCCCAAAUACAGGUGUGGCAAGCUUGUAGCAUCAUACCCAAGAAGACUCAAGGUAGUAAUCACUGCCAAAGGUGCUUCAACAAAGUACUGAGUAAAGGGUUUGAAUACUUAUGUA